CUUUGCGUGCGAACUGCGAAGAGCUGCCAUUAGAGAUAGAGAACUUGCCAUAAGAAAUCAUAAACACCUGUCCGCUCGUUUCGCGAAAGCCACGGAGAAAAGUGAGCCAUCAAUCCAACCAAAGGCAACGAUGCAGAGAUCGAGACGACGUUGUGAGGGCACGGCUAUGGGCGCCAUCGUCCUCGAUCUUCAACCCGGCCUUGGACUUGGCCCCUUCAAUCUCGGAAUGCCAAUCUGUGAAGCAUUUGCACAAAUAGAGCAGCGGCCCAACAUCUACGACGUUGUCCAUGUGAAAUACUUCGACGAGGAGCCACUGAAACUUGAUAUCGUUAUCAGCUUCCCAGAUCAUGGUUUUCAUCUUCGAUUUGACCCGUGGUCACAGAGGUUACGUCUUAUUGAAAUAUUUGAUGUGAAGCGACUUCAAAUGCGAUAUGCUACUUCUCUGAUUGGAGGACCAUCAAAUCUUGCUACCUUUGUAGCUGUAUAUGCGCUUUUUGGGCCAACUUUUCCGGGAAUUAAUGACAGAGAUAGAAGUGUUUACACUCUAUUCUAUCCAGGACUUUCAUUUGCAUUUCCAAUACCAAGCCAAUAUUCAGAUUGUUGCCAUGAUGGAGAAGCUGAGCUACCAUUGGAGUUUCCUGAUGGCACCACACCAGUUGCAUGUCGUGUCUCCAUAUUCGAUAGUUCUACAGUAAAAAAGGUUGGAGUAGGUGCCUUAAUGGAUAAGGCCUCUGCUCCCCCAUUACCUGCGGGCAGUCUCUAUAUGGAGGAGGUCCAUGUUAAGCUUGGUGAUGAAUUAUACUUUGCUGUGGGUGGCCAGCAUAUUCCUUUUGGUGCUUCACCACAGGAUAUUUGGACUGAAUUAGGCCGGCCUUGUGGAAUCCAUCAAAAGCAGGUAGAUCAAAUGGUUAUUCAUUCUGCUUUGGAUCCCCGUCCCAGGACAACCCUGUGUGGUGAUUACUUCUACAACUAUUUUACCCGUGGUUUGGACAUCUUAUUUGAUGGCCAGACACACAAAAUCAAGAAGUUUGUUUUGCACACCAACUACCCUGGUCAUGCUGAUUUCAACUCAUACAUCAAGUGCAAUUUUGUAAUCCAUGUUUCAGGUUCUUUUGAUGAAAUCAACUGUAAAAACUCUAUAACCCCCAGCACGAAGUGGGAAGAUGUGAAGGAAAUCCUUGGGGACUGUGGGCGAGCUGCCAUCCAAACACAAGGUUCAACAAACAAUCCUUUUGGAUCUACUUUCGUCUAUGGCUAUCAAAAUGUUGCAUUUGAGGUAAUGAAAAAUGGUUACAUCGCCACAGUUACUCUCUUCAAGUCAUGAUGUAUGCGCGCCCUUGCUGCCUGCCCUCACGUCAGUUUGCUCCAAGCCAAUCAUGGAAUUAGGGAAGAUUGGUUCUUACUCUUGUUCAAUUUGUAAUGGUUGUUUAAAGAAAGUUAAGUGCGCUUUGGAUAAGGUUUAGUCUCCAGCGCUGGUUUGGUUAUGUGGAUUAUCUGAUUUGGGUACAGCUUGUUUAUGUAUAGUCUCACCCUGUAUGGAAGCAGCACAAAACACUCCAGUAGAAAUUUUCAUGGACAGCAUGAAUGGUGUACAUAAUUAUUGAUUUGUAUAUAAAUAUUAUACUGUUCUUAUUA